CUUUUCCUCUCAGUCUCAAUCUAUCUAUUCCAUGUCCCUGCAUGCCCUUUCCUCCUCUUCCGCCACCCCCGCCUCCAUCCUAAAGCAGAGUAGCUAAUGAAGAGACCCAUUUAGGCUCAGACUUUGGUUCAUACAGCCCUCCGUAGCGCCGGCCGGCCUCAGCUGCUGUGACUGGCUGUUUGUGCUCUGACAUCACACGGGGGCCAGCUAUUGAUUUGGCGCUGUCUCCAAGGCUGGCUGGCUUGAUGGGUUGUGGCAGGUAGACUUGUGCUUGCGCAGCAUCGUCCCCGCCCUCUCCCCCUCCCUCUUUGUGACACCCACUCCUGUUCACACUCUUCUUUUAGACGCCUUCUUCGCAUCUCACAGUCUCACUCUUUCGAGCGCGUGUGCAGGAGGCAGCAGGCAGCUGCCAGAGGAGCGAGCUGGGAGGCAACUCCAGCCUCCUCUUCAGCAAAUAGUGCCUCCUGUACACAAUGGAAACUAAAGAACCGAGUAGCAGAGGGGAUGGAGGGUAGAGCUGCUGGGCAGGUCAGCAAGGGUCAUGUGGGUGUCGGAGGCCCCGGUUGCCGUGCAGAGCAGCUGAAGCAGACAUGGAAAAUAAGUCUCUGGUGGCAUCGGUAGGCUUGGCCUUGUCAACUUCACCAGCCACCCCCUCUUUUGCCACUACAUUCGCCACUGGCUACGCACCAAGUGCUCUGUCUUUGCCAAAUUUGCAAUGAGAAUGUCCGAUAAAGCUGACACUGAAACAAUGAAGGUCUCCGAGGCUGACGACACCGCGUCCUUUCGAAAAGACAACGCCAUCCAGUCUGGCGUUUCUGAAAAGAGCGACAAAGAAGAACCUGGCAGCAUCAGUACAGUGGACACCAAGCCAGUGAUGUCAUUUAAGCCUAACACCAGGCUAAAGCUUGUUCGCAGCCUGGCAAUUUGUGAGGAGUCCUUUCCUUGUCCAAUUCUUGAGCCUUCAGCCUCACCUAAGGAUGACUUCAUCCUUAGAAUGUUAGAAAAGGAAGAUGGAGCUACACAGGAGCAGCCUGAGAAAGAAGUCUGCUGUGACAAGUCAAGCAAAGCUGACAAAAACCAGAGAAAAAUGCUGUCCAGAGAUUCCAGUCAAGACUACACCGACUCCACUGGCAUAGAUCUCCAUGAGUUUUUAGUGAACACAUUGAAGAGCAAUCCCAGGGACCGAAUUAUGCUGCUGAAGCUUGAACAAGAAAUCUUGGACUUUAUCGGCAAUAACGAAAGCCAAAAAAGAACAUUCCCACCUAUGACGUCCUAUCACAGGAUGCUGUUACACCGCGUGGCCGCCUACUUCGGGAUGGACCACAAUGUGGACCUCACUGGGAAGUCCGUUGUCAUCAACAAAACUACCAGCACAAGAAUACCCGAUCAGAAAUUCUCCGAGCACAUCAAGGAUGACAGGGCGGACGAUUUCCAGAAACGCUACAUUCUCAAACGAGACAACUCCAGCUUUGAUCGCGACGACAGCACGAUUCGGAUGCGUUUGAAAGCAGACAAGAAAAGCAAAUCGAUGGAGGAGAGGGAGGAGGAGUACCAACGAGCCAGAGAAAGGAUAUUUGCACAUGAUGGUGAUCACUUCAUGCUGGAUAGAAGCUCUCAGGAUGAAGACGCAUGUAUGCGCACCCAGCAGAGGCGGCAAAUGUUCAGGUCACGGGCCGGACGGUCGGGUGCCAGCUGGCAAAGCAGCUCCGAGACCGAAACGCUGCCGCGACACGGCGAGCCCCGGCCAUGGAGCAGCACUGACAGCUCGGACAGCUCCAACCGCCUGGCCCCCCGACCUGCCAUCACCAAGGCCAGCAGCUUCAGCGGCAUCUCCCGCAGCCUGGUGCGAGGGGACAGCACCGCCAGCAGCAAGAGCACUGGGAGGCUUUCCAAAACAGGAUCAGAAUCAUGCAGUAGCGUUGGUUCUUCUUCAAGUUCGCUGUCCCGUCCCCACCGGCCUUUCACAGUGCCAGCCUCUUCGCGGCCCAAAAUCCCAGGCGCACCUUUAAUCUACCCAGCUGCAGAUACUAAAGGCUCAACACUUUCUAACAUGAUCAGGAGGGCCCCAUUACAGCCGACACCUUCUGCUGACGCAACAAAUUAUUAUGUGUUGUCAUUGGAGACCUCAGGGAUACCACCUGGCAGCGUUCUGGUGAAUCCACACACAGGCAAGACUUUCAUUCAUCCCAGCAGCAGUGGCAUAGCUUAUAGUACGGCCAGUGUUGCACCCCCUGCCGGCAGGGGCCCACAUCAGGGGAAGGCGUCGACACAUCAGCUGACCUCUGCUGCAAGCCAGCAACAGCAAGCCAAUCAACUCCACUCCCAGCCGACUUGUUCUCCAUUCCAGCCGUCCUCUGAAGCCAACCCAACGGUCUCUUACCAUCUUCCUCCUCCUCAGUUCCUGCCUGUCUGUCCUACCCAACAGUACACUGUGCCUGACUCCCUCAACACCCAAUUUAGUCGUAUGACUCUGGCACAGCAGUCGGCCAACAACAGUGGAGCUCCAGCCGCUGAUGCCCGCCACUAUGCAGCUGUGUACCACCACCCUGCCCCAGUGGUAUUGCAGGGAGCGCCCUCACAGCAGGUUGCCAACUACAUGGUAGCAGGGUCCUCAGGGGGGCACCCAGGGAUGCUCCAAGGCCAGCCUGUCCCGCUUCCAACUCCAGGUCCUAGCCAUGCGUAUCCCAGCAGCAUGCCAGGUCAUGCUGCUUUCCCUGCGUCCAGUCUAAGCCAGCAACACACCAGUGUGCUCCAGCAACACACCUACAUCCAUCAACCAAUCCAGCAGAUGCCCACAUGCUACUGCUCCUCAACCCACCACCCUCAGUGUUCCAACCAGCAGCAACAGCAGAACUACCGUCCGCCUGUAAACCCUCUGGCCUAUAACGGCCCUCACAGCCAAAACCUGCCACAGCAGCAAGUGCACCAGCCUGUGAUGUCAAGCCCUGUGUCCAGUUACCAGACCGUAGUGGGUGUGCAGCAAACACCUAACUUCGCUCUCACUGGUGCCCAGCAAAGCAGUAUUGGCAGUCAGAUGCAAGGGAUGAUGGUGCAGUACUCUCCAGUGCAGUCCUAUCAGCAGGUGUCCAUGCCCCAUCAGACGCACCAGCAGCCGAUGUUAGUGUCGUGCCAGCCAGGACAGGGUGCAGUGGCAGUUGCUGGCAUGCAGCCCUGCUACAGCCUUCUCCCUCCUCCGAACCAGCACACCACCAUGAGUUCCACCUUGAGUUUCCUCCCCUCCGCAAUGAUGGAGCAGCUCCAGUUUCCUCAGAACUCAUCCCCCUGUGUUGCCCAGCAGAACCAAGGCCAGCAGUACACAGCAGGGUUGUUGCCUCCACCCCCCGGCAGCGGUAUGGUGAUGCUGCAAAUGGCAGCGCCCCCCUGCCAGCAGCCCCGCGCCCCCUCCCCCUGCCUGCAGAAACAGCCCAGCUACAAACACCUGGGCCUUGAGCAGCAGCGCAGCCACCGACCGACUGAACGCCCGCCACCUCCUGACAACACACAGAGCAGCCCGCCCUCGUCCCCGGCACUCACUCCCUCGCCGGGCCAGUCGCCCAGCGUCAAGGGCCUCCCGACGGGCAUCUCGUCCAUCCCUGUCAUGGCCCACCAGCACCAACUGCAGCUCCCUACAGCCUUCUGCCCCAGUGGACAAGGUCAGCAAGGACUCACAGGUGAAGCACACUACUCUCUACUGGGUCAGCCUCUGCAGUACAAGCACGCCAUCCGACCUCCGCUCAUCCACACGGCACACAUUUUGGCAAAACAUCAGGCUCCAAUAGGGGUUUGGCGUAGCGGUCAUGGAAGGAAGGCCAGCAGAAAGUCUUUACCUUCAGAUCACAGCGUAGGUGCAGCAGGUAAUACGACGUCCAGAGGGAGGCUUGAAUUGAUUUAACACGGCGCUUAUUUUGCACUCGCAACACAAGUGUGCUAAUGUAGGUGAUUAGAUAUCACUUCAGGGCAAUUAUGCUGGGGGAAAAAGAACAAUACACCUCAUAUUGGGUGUCUUUAUCGAAUUAACCAGUUUUUUUUUUUUUUUUUUAAUUGUGUCAAAACCUGCUGCCUGUCUACGUGACGAAAAGGUGGAUGUAAGCACAAUAAAUGACGAGGACGGCAGAUUUUGCACCUGGCAGUAGAACCGGCAGCCCGCGUGGGGGCCUGACUGAAUUUGUGCUGAUCAUUUUAAAUACUGUGUCAUAUUUUUGCACUCGCCGACACAUUCCAUGCACUUUGCAGGUGUGCUUGUCAACAAUCUCGCUCAAACAAUCAAGGAGGCAGCCCAGUGGGCUGCACAUGAGCACACCGAGCAGUGCAGGCGCUUUUUAAUUUCGUUUUUUUUUUUUUUUUUUUUUUUUUUUUUUUUUUU